UGAUUUCCUUUGACUUUCCCUUUCAGUUCUUAACCUGCUAAAUCUAUAUAUUAAUAAUCUAAGCUCUUUUCCAAUCGACUUCGAGAUUUUCUGAUGCACUUGGCUUCCUUCAUAAUCUCAGCACUUUAUAUAGAACAAUUCAAAAUGAUGUUUCUUGACCCAUCUUCCGUUAAGAAAAGGAAAACUAAUUCAAAAUCUCCAAAGAGGAAGGGAAAUUCUUUAGAGCCCUAUAAAUUCAAUGAGAUGCACUCACGUGUCGGCAAAUGGACAGUCAAUCAACAAGAGGGCAUUUCUCAGGCCAAUCGGUCAAAACCAGUCAUUUCAGAAGAAGACAGUGAGAUUGAGGAACUCCAGGUGUAUAAACAGAUGAAUGAGGAAGCACAACGGAGAAAAGAGAUGAAGAAAGAGAAGAGGAGGAAAUUGGAAAAUAUGGGGGAGAUAGAUAGUGAGAAGAGCGAAGACCAUUUGCAUGCCUUUGAUGUGCUCAGAGACCAACCUGACUGGCUGAAUAUGCGCUUUAAAGGGCUGCUUUUUGAUCAUAUGAAGCAUAUUUCUCCGAAGAAAAAGAAGUUGAAGAAGAUGAAUAUCACUUGCUCUAAUUUUGUAUGCAAGAGACUCAUUAGGUCUAUUCAGGAUAAGAAAACUAAAAGAAAGAUAGUGAAGAACAAGAAGACAAAGAAAAUUCAGCAUGUUGAAGAAAAAGAUCUACUCCCCCAAACUAAGCGUCUUUCAAACAGAUCGAAGACAAGAGGAAGAGUAGAAUUUGCAAUACUUGACAAUAUCAACUCUCCUGUUGAGCAUAGAGAAAAGAACCAGAGCAUCAAGCCUCCAAAUUUGAAAUUUAAGAAAUAACCCUAGUGCUAAGGAUCCAGAUGCCAAACAAGAUACAUUAGGUGUUGGUCAUUUAUUCAAAGUGCAGAGGGCCAAGACGAUUAACUUCAAGAAUCUCACCAGAGGUAUUACCUUAAUGAACAAGACUCCUAAGGAGAACAAAAUUACUCCUAGAAAGCAGAAGGCAAAGAAGCGUGAUGCUUCAAAUAUCUCACAUAAGCACAAAGCCAAGCCCAAGAUUGGUCCUACUCGAUCUCGGAAACACUACUUAAGAGAUAAAAUUGAGGAGAGAUUCAGGCUGCAAUUCAUGAGUUCAACUAAGAACCAGAAUUUCUCAUAUCAUAACAAAAGUUUGACUGGAGAAUACCAUAUUAUCAAACCCAACUGUUCAAACCAGACCUGGCUUGAGAUCGUGAAUAAUGAGCCAGACAGGGACCACUUGGAAACCACCGUGCAGAAGUUUGAUAAAAUGUAUGGAAGAAAGAACUUCACAACUACUAAAACUAGAGAAACCAAGAGGGACUUCAUUGAGGGUUACCCUCGGGUCUCAAGUGCUAGUACCUCUAACAGGAGGAUCAGAAAUAUUGAUAUAGAGAAAUACAUGCCUAGAGAGGAAAACUUAUUCAACAUCUCUCAAGAUGAUGUAGGGGCAUUUUAUAACCCAGAUAAAGACUAUGUGCUUCCCAAGAAAGAUAUUUCAGUGAUUAAAUAUGAAAACCAGAUGAAGAAUUAUAACUAUAAAACUGCUCAUAAGAAAGCAAUAGUGCCUGAGGUUAACCCUGAAAAGGUUUUAAGAGGAUUUCAUCAGUUGGGACAUGUCAAGAAAGCUCACCCAGGACCUUGCUUCAACAAACAAAGCUCUAGAGAAGUUCCCAAGAGUUAUAUUUCAGCAAGGAAGAUAAGGUCUCUAUGUUCAUCAUUGAUGCAGUCAGUUGAUUUUGGAGUCUAAGCUAAUUUCAAUGCCAAGGAAUCAGUAUGGG